CGGCAGGAGCUACCAGCACCAGGCUUCAUGGAACCUUCCGGGAUUGGAGGGCAAAUCCAAGUAUCCUUUUAAACCUGCUGCCUGGCCUGGCCUGGGCCGGGCCACUACCCGCUGCAAUUACGGUCACCGGCUCCAGGCGUUCUCCUGCAGCGAGAGCCGACACUUUUCCCUCCAUCAGAAACAAAGUAACAAACCAACAAGAAACAGCAACAACAAUUGCAACAUUGGCCAUGUCCAGGGAAGUGUUACCGGGUCCGGGAAAGCCCGAAACCGCCGCUGAUUCCCUCUGGGCGGCUGCCGGGGCAUGCGGCGGGCCCGGGCGGCCGCUGCUGAUCUUCUCCUCCUCCCCUCCACCACCUUCUCCUUCCCCGUCCCCAGCAGGAAGUGGCCCGGUUGAGGCGGAGAGGUCGGGGACCGGGCCCCGGGCGGAGGCAGCUCAGGGGGUCCUACUGUUCGCUGCUACCCCCCUGGGUCCCGGCUCAACCGAGUGGGGACAGCGGCCCCCCCUGGGGCGUCCGCCGGUGAAGAGGAAGUUGGAGCUGGAGAGUGAUCAUCAGUAUCUGGCUGUGGAAAUGGUGAGCCCCAAAGGGAAAGGCAAGUCUUCAGGGAGAGGCCUGAAAUCCCCAGUGGAGAAGACGCGAUACGACACGUCUCUGAGCUUGAUCACCAAGCGGUUUACCCACUUGUUGGCGCAGUCUCCAGAUGGCGUGCUGGACCUGAACUGGGCAGCACAAGCCCUCGAAGUUCAGAAACGCAGAAUCUACGACAUCACCAACGUCUUGGAGGGUAUCAAACUCAUCACCAAGAAAUCCAAGAAUCACAUUCAAUGGCUGGGUGGGCAUCAGUUCCUGGACGGUGAGGUCCUUGCCCGGUACCAGGCCCUGGUGAAGGACAUUGCUGAACUGGAUGAAAACGAUCGGAAGCUGGAGGAGCUGAUCCAGAGCUGCACCCUGCAGCUCAAACUGCUGACAGAGGACUCGGAAAGCCAGAAAUUUGCCUACGUCACAUGUCAGGACUUGCGCAGUAUCGAAGAUUUGGCUGAUGAGAUGGUGAUGGUCAUUAAAGCUCCCGCUGAUACCAAACUUCAGGUGACUGAUCCCAGUGAGGCACUUCAGAUCUCGUUGCAGAGCAGCAGAGGGCCUGUGGAUGUCUUCCUGUGCCCCGAGAGCGGUUCGGGAACUUGCAGUCCUGUGAAGAGCCUCAGCAGCCCCGUGAAGAUCAGUCCUGUUAAAGUCAGCCCCAUCCGCAUGGGCAGCCUGGGUCCGGUGACCCACCAGGAACUGGUAGGAAGCACUUCCCAGGGCACCAUCCUCUCGUCAUCUUCAAGCCAUGACCAAGGGACGCACCUUGCAAGUAAUACAUCCUCCCCAUUGGGAGGAGUUGUGGACAUUAACCUCUCCCCUUUGACCUCAGCUGUCAAUCUUCUACAGCAGCCGGACGACACCCUUCCCACAAUCCCAUUCGACGACAUGUUUGUCAAUCUCUCUCCGCCAGUUUUUCAGGAUUACCAUUUUGGUUUAGACGAAGGGGAAGGGAUCAGCGAAUUGUUCGACUGUGACUUUGAUACAUUACCACCGCUGGAGUUCUGAGGGAGUGUUUGGGGGUAAGUUAGGAGCCAGCCUGUGUUAGUCUGUAGCGGAAACAGAAUUUGCUGGAGGAACUCAGCAGGUCUGUGCAGAGAGAAAGCAGAAUCAGCGUUUCAGAUCAAGUGGCCUUUCUUCAGAAUUUCCAUCAUCUGCACUUCUUGUGUGUUUUUGUCUUGGUUUACUGUGUUAUUCUGUCCCGGAAAUGUUUGGGAAGGGCUUUCUCCCAUUCCCUCGUGUGAUCGAUCAGCUGGAGUUGCUGGAAUCGCUGGAAGAUGAAAGUUUGAGGCUGGAAUGAAUUUACUCAUUCCAUGGUUCCUGCUCUCUAUGAAGGUGCCCUCCCUUCCUGAACCACAGAGUACAUUAUUGUGUGUCCCCCCCCACCGCACCCCCUCCAUUUCCUUUCCUCCCUUCCCUGUUUUUGUUUAUUCUUUUGUGGAAUGUGAACAUUGGCGAGACCAGCAUUAAUUAUUCUUCCCUAAUUGCCCUUGAGCUGAGUGACCAACUGGGAUGUGAAGAGUUGACUGUAUAGCUGUUGUCUCUGGAGUUACAUGUAGGCCAGGCAGGAUAAGCUCAGCAAUUACCUUCCUUAAAGGACAGGAAUUUUUGUCUUAAAACAAUAAUUGUUGCUGAAACUAGCUUUAGUUUCCAGUUUAAUUGAACCAAUUUAAAUUCCACCAACUGCCUUGACAGAUUGAAGCCUUGUCUACAGGCCAUUCGCCUGGGCCUCUGGAUUGCUAACAUAGGGACAUUACGGUUACACUACCAUCUCCUCGGGCCAUCAUCUGCACAUCAGACACUUGUUCUUAGCAACCAAACGACUGUGACAGGACCAUUGUAGGAGCUGUGCUCCUCCAGCUCCACACUGUGUUAUCUCUGACUCCAGCAUCCAAGGUUCUUACUGUCUCCGUGUAGGAGCCAUGCUCGGACAGUGGGCGGGGAGGCCCCACACAUAUCCCAGCAUUCCUCUCUUCCCUGUCCUGAGGGAGCAGCGCUGUGCACCUGAGGGGAAGUGGCACAUGGUAAGUGGAUAAACCCGGCAAUUCAUUCCGAAAGGCCCACACUUCCUGUGCAGUGCAGAUCCUCACUGGCUCGCACCAACAGAGCCAGCAGCUUUGGCACAAAUCGACAGUGGGUGGAGGGGGUGGGGUGGGUUGCUGUCUCUGUUAAACUGAAGGCAGCUCUCCUGGCUCUCUCCUACUGAAGCAAACUCUUUGUUCUGUGGAUGGUAUUAAUUUUAAGCAAUCAUUUGGUGCAGGAGUGAAGGCAACACGCUGUUGAAGCUUCCCGUUUUUCACUGAGCACAAAUGGCAAGUUUGUGCCUCCCUGCCCCUGCCAGGGGAACUCUGUGCACAAUAUCCAUGAGAUCAGCAUGUCACUUCUAAACUCUUGCCCAGCAGCGAAAGAACGUUUAUCAAAUAAAUCACCAGAACCUGUGUCAGAAUCAAUCGCACCCUUUUCCUCCUGCUGUGUACAUUGCCAAAUUCAAAGUGAACAUCAUUCUUGCAACUGUCUGGUCAAGUGCGAGACAGAAAGCUUUGAAACCAUAACUGCCAGGAUUUAAUUUUGUUGUGAAUCAGCAUUCCUCUUUUCUCUUGGCAAGGAUUUGCCCCGAUCGACCUCUCUCUCUCCUCCCAGCUGUUUGUUUGUUCCAGCCAGAGGCUGAAACCUUUCCCUGGCUGAGGAAUAUUCCGAGAUUUCCAGCAGGCGCCAUGUUGGUGUGGAUUCUGUGCGACAGAGCCACCUGUGCAGUCAGAGGUGGGGUGGGAGGAGGAAUGGAUGGGGUUGGAGAAACCACCACCCUCUUCUCCAGGCCGGGGUGUGGGGGUGCUGUUGGGCUUGGAGCGUUGCUGAAAUUGACAUCCCCGGUGAAAGAUCCCAUUUCCCGUGAAGGGGAACCAUUUUUGCCCACUGAGUCUUUUCGGGUUGGGUGGAGUAGGAUGGGCGCGCUCUUCGCAGGAGUGGUCCUGAUGCUACUGUGGCGUUGCCAUUAUGAUGCGGUGGGGGCCCAAGCUUCCUGUUAACCUGUUGGUUUAGAAAUUCCCAUUGGCCGGGCAGGUGAGUGACUGAGAGUCACCUCUGGGGUCGUUAGGUGGCUGUUGGGGGCCUCUAACUGAACCCGUGAGCAUCCAUUCCCUUCCCCAACUCUCACCCCCACCACCCAGGCAAUGCCAACUGUCCAGGCCAUUUUCAGUGCACCACUUACCCACCUCUGAGCAGUUUGAGGGUUACGUUACGAAGCAAAGCUCAGGCCCUGAAGGGAGAGGGGUAGAAUUUGGAUUUAUAUAGCGCCUUCUAUGACUCUUGACAACAGCCUUUGAUGCAACAGAGGCAUUUCACAGGGCCGCUCUUAAAAUGCAUGUCCAAGCUACUGAGGGAUGAUCAGAACAGUGGGCUUCAGAGAAUGUCUGAAUGCCAAAGAGUGGGAGGCAGAGGUUUAAGGAGGGAAUUCUGAAGCAGAGAGCAUAGGGCUCUCGAGUCACAGCUGCUGAGGGUGGAGUAGUUAAAAUCGGGAAGGCUGGAGAGGCCAGAAUGGUAGUGAGUGCACAGGGACUUGGAGGGUUGGAGGUCAGAGGAGGCUGU